CCUGACUCCCGACUGCGCUUGUCCCGUCCGGCUUACCGUCUUCGCCGCCAUGGCGGCCGCCGCGCUGCCCGCGUGCCUCGCCCUGCAGCCGGGGGCCAGGACCCUGCGUGCCUUCUGUACCUCCGUGUCUCUGGCCACCCGCUCUGCGAUAGCAAGGCCGCGUACAGCAGACAGAACAUCCAGAUAUGAAAGACCACUGAGAAGAAAGGCACUUCCUCCUAGGACAGAGAAAAUGUCUGUUGACCAAGAUUGGCCUAGUGUCUAUCCUGUUGCAGCACCAUUUAAACCCUCUGCUGUACCUCUUCCCAUUCGAAUGGGUUAUCCAGUAAAAAGGGGGGUGCCCAUGGCAAAGGAGGGAAAUCUAGAACUUUUAAAGAUACCCAAUUUUCUGCAUUUGACUCCGGUAGCGAUUAAAAAGCACUGUGAAGCUCUUAAAGAUUUCUGCACUGAGUGGCCAGCUGCACUGGACAGUGAUGAGAAAUGCGAGAGGCAUUUUCCCAUUGAAAUUGACACAACCGAUUAUGUUUCAGCUGGACCAUCUAUUCGAAACCCCAAAGCACGAGUAGUAACCUUAAGGGUUAAACUUUCCAGUUUGAAUUUAGAUGAUCAUGCAAAGAAGAAACUUAUUAAACUUGUGGGAGAGCGAUACUGCAAGACUACAGAUGUACUUACUAUCAGAACAGACAGAUGCCCUUUAAAGAGACAGAAUUAUGAUUAUGCAAUGUAUCUGCUAACAGUUUUAUACCAUGAGUCUUGGAAAACCGAAGAAUGGGAGAAAGAUAAGACUGAAGCAGACAUGGAAGAGUAUGUAUGGAACAAUAGCUCCUCUGAAAAAAAUAUCCUGGAAACACUUCUCCAAAUGAAAGCUGCUGAGAAAAAUCUGGAAGUAAAUAAAGAAGAGCUCCUUGCUACAAAAGAAGUUGAAGAAUACAAAAAGUCUGUUGUUAGUCUUAAGAACGAGGGGGACAAUGAAAAUACCCUUUCUCAGUACAAAGAAUCAGUGAAGAAACUAUUAAAUCUAAUGUGAUUUAUUUAGAAAAAUCUCCUUGAUUUGUUAAUUUUAUGAUAUAUCUGUAAUCAUUAUCUCAUUUUAUAUAAAUUUGCUAAAAAAAAACCAUUG